UAAGAUAUUCAUAUAAAAUGUUUUUUUCAGGCUGGUUCUAGAGUGAGCCCAGCGGAAAGCCCAUAUAAGUCUUUCUAUUAUCUCUACUUCCCUUGCGAUUCCGAGAAGGAAGAUCGCAGAGCUCAAAUUCCAAAAUGGGGUCGAUUCUGGGAGAUUUGCCGUCCUUCGAUCCUCACAAUUUCAGUCAACAUCGUCCCUCCGACCCUUCUAAUCCCUCUAAGAUGGUUCCAACUACCUAUCAUCCAACUCACAACCGUACUCUUCCACCUCCACAUCAAGUGAUAACUACGGAAGUAAAGAACAUACUCAUACGCAGCUUCUAUCAGCGAGCUGAAGAUAAGCAGAUGAGACCAAAGAGGCCGGCUUCAGAACAUCUGGCGGGUGAGCACGGUAACAAGCAUUUUCGUGCUUCCUCAUCAUCUGCUCCGGGUUUAUAAAAAGCUUCUCCUGCUUCCAAAGCCUGGCUAUAAUGGUCGUCACUUGUGCUACUCUUCUUAUUAGUGUUUUUUUUACAAAGAAUGCUUUGAAUGUAGAGAGAAAAGAUGAGAGCAGCUCACUAUGUGAUUGCAGGGAAAAUGUUGUAUGAGUUAUAUGUACAUAACAUUUAUGUUUUUAUUUUUAAUUUUAAAAUAUUCGUCCAAAUCACAUUGUUAGCUUUUGUCUCUUCUAGAAUGUAAACUGAAUUCUUUGUUUGCUUCCAACGAA